GAGCUCUUCGUUUCUUGUCACGGCCUUGUAACGGGUUACGGCUUCACGAUCAUUCACUUCCUUGUUUUUUAGCUUCUUGUUGUUGUGGAAGUGGUGACGUCAGUCGUUGUCUAUCUGCCGUUCGACGCAGCGCCCCCUACAGGAUGCCUGGAGAACGCUGACCGCGGUGGUGGUAUCAAACCAUGAACUCCCAGGAUCUCCCUGCCAAAGAUGCCCCACUUACUGUCAACGAGCAGGUCAUUGUGAUGUCCGGCCAUGAGACUAUUCGUGUGCUAGAGGUUGAGGUCGAUGCGUCUCAGCCACCAUUACUACCUGAUGGAAAGAGUGAAAGCAAAGAUGAGGAGGGAGCGGCUCAGCUUGCAGAGCAGCCUGAAGUUGGCAGCAGACAGAGCAUCUCCGCCGUGCCCCAGAGCACUGUGGGAGGAGUGCUGGCUGAGCAUCAGGCGGUGUCUGUAGAGGCUCCAUCCGCUGCUGUCCAAACGCUGACUCCUGCUGUCCCCGUCAGUGUUUCCCUAUCGCAGCCACAAGCCACCGUGCCCAUCACCGUACAAGGAUGUCCACAAGUGCUGACCCAGGAAAGUCUGGCCUCUCUGAUGACUGGAAUGAUGGCUCAGACGGGAUCUCUGGGGCAGCCCCUGCUCAUCCCCUUCAGUAUGGCGGGCUCCAUCGGCGGCCAGGGUGGUCUCGCUGUUCUCACCUUGCCGACCACUAACGUAGCCACUCUGCCUGGACUCACUGCAGCUAACCAGGCUGGAAACCUCCUCAAACUGCCCUUCGCUGGCCUCCAAGCUGCAACAGUCCUGAACUCUGUCCAGCCCCAGCUGCACACAAACGCACAGACAAUGUUCCAGCAUCAAGCGGCAUCCAUUCAGCCGUUUCAGGCCGCUGUGCAGCAGGUGACAUCUCAGCCAACGCAGGUGACCAAUGCACAGGUCACUGCUGCUCAGGUAGCGGCGGCCACCACCGUUUCUCAGUCCAACAUUUCAGUCGCAGCACUCCAGACUGCAGGACUCUCCAUCAAUCCUGCCAUUAUCAACGCUGCUUCCCUUGGAGCUCAGCCCCAGUUCCUCAGCUCCCUCACCUCCACUCCCAUCCUGACCAGUGCCAUGUCCAACAUGGCCGGCAUCACCAGCCAGAUCAUCACAAAUGCACAGGGACAAGUCAUAGGAACCCUCCCCCUGCUGGUGAACCCAGCAUCUCUAGCUGGAGGGGCUGCAACAUCCACCCUGCCCCUCCAGGGACUCCAGGGACUCCAGGGACUUCAGGGACUCCAGGGUCUCCAGGGUCUCCAGGGACUUCAGGGACUUCAGGGAUUUCAGGGUCUCCAGGGUCUCCAGGGUCUCCAGGGUCUCCAGGUCCAGACUCUCACCCCACAGCUGCUUCUCAACACCCAGGGCCAGAUCAUCGCCACAGUGGGGAACGGACCUGCAGCAGUGGUAACUUCUGCUGCAGUUCUGCCCAAAGCCGCUGCUCCUCCAACAUUUUCCAAGCAGAGUGCACAGGUGUCGGCAACCACUGUCACUCAGUCACCGGUUGUUAUCGCUCCACAGCCGUCUGUACUGAAGACGUCCACCACGCUCUCCUCCGCGGUGCCCAUCACCUGUGGAGACCUCGCCAAAGUGGGCCAGCUCGUCAGCAAACCCCAGCAAGUGAGCAGUGAGGAAGGCAUUAAUCUGGAGGAAAUUCGCGAGUUUGCCAAGAAUUUCAAGAUCCGUCGGCUGUCCUUGGGGCUUACGCAGACUCAAGUGGGGCAGGCUCUGACUGCAACUGAGGGUCCGGCCUACAGCCAGUCUGCCAUUUGCAGGUUUGAAAAGCUGGAUAUCACUCCAAAGAGUGCUCAGAAGCUGAAGCCAGUGUUGGAAAAGUGGCUGGCUGAGGCGGAGCACUGGAACCAGAAAGGCCAGCAGAAUCUGAUGGAGUUUGUCGGCGGCGAACCAUCCAAAAAACGAAAGCGGCGCACUAGUUUCACCCCGCAGGCAAUAGAAGUCCUAAACUCGUACUUUGAGAAGAACGCAUUGCCAACGGGCCAGGAGAUUACAGAAAUAGCAAGAGAGCUGAACUAUGACCGGGAGGUUGUGCGAGUUUGGUUCUGCAACCGGCGACAGACACUGAAAAACACAAGCAAGAUCAACGUCUUCCAGGUUCAGUAAGGGAUCGCAUCCUGGGAGGUUUGGCCACUGAUCAUUUCUGUCGUUUGGGGAAGUUGAACAUUUGAUACAACAGCACAAAUUCAGAAUGUGUUGUAAAUAAAAGCCUAACCACAAAGAUAUUAACUUUAUAUGAAAAUGAAGGUGAAUAAGAAUACGUAUGUGUUAUGAAAGAGAACUAAAAAAGUUGUAUUUUAAGGAUGUAAAUGUGUAUAAAAGUUAUGUGUGGUGGGUACUGAGUCAAAGUGCAUGGUCCUCUAAUCAAAUACAGUGAUAACAUGUGAUACCUAAAAACAUUUGACUUUUAUACAAGUGGUUUUAUAGGAUAUUUCUCUCAGCUGAGUGGCAUUUCUUUGAGUCACAUUGAUCUUAGUCACAAAAUUGGCAUUUUGGAACAAUGGCUGAUGUUUGAAUAAUGUUCAUUUGCCAGCAUUGGUGUUUUUAGCUCCUCGUUUAUUUUGUAUUCAUGUCGUUUUGUACUGCCAGAGCUGCUUUGCAAACACAUUCAAGAUUCUGUCAGGCAUAAUAAUCUGUAGAGUGAAAUAAGCCUUUAACCUUGUUUUUAUCAGGACUAUUUGCCUGAGGAACAUCAGAAUUAUUUGACUUUCUUUUGACUUUAACAGAUUUUGGGACAAUCACUGUUUUGAUUUUUCUUUAUUGUGAUCACAAAGACGAGCUCGUUUGGUUUUGAUGCUCUUAUUAUUCAUGUGCUAAUUUCUACAAUGCCACAACUGUAAACUUAUUUUUGAGUGCUUUUAUAACGUUAGUUUUUAUUUGUGAGAUACUGAUCUCGCAGAUACGUGUACUGUAUUUGGGAAUGACAGAUAUUAAUGUGCUUAUUAUACUCUGAGAGUAUCUUUAAAGUGUUGUUGUUUUUUUUAGUGCUGUGACUGCUCCCUUAAUGACAAUGUUACUGGUGGCAAUACUGUCUCUUGUUGCCUCUAAUCCCUACACUCUAUAUAUACUUUUAAUCAGCAUCAAAUUCAUUCACUGAAUUUGUCAAAGAGAUUAACUGUGCAGCCAUUGGAGGGUUUCUGUGUUAUGAUUAUAUGUAAGGAGUUUCAAUCUGAAUGAGUUAAAGGAGUGCUUGCAUGUGCAGUAUUAAGGUCAUUUCUAUAAGAAGAAAAAUAUUGCAAUGGUUUAUUUUAUCUUUACAAAUGCUUCCAGUGGUUCUUUGCACUUUAGUGAGCAGAGACAAGAAAAGGGAAACAAGUCGUCCACGUUCGGUCGAUGGUUGUUUUUUUUUUGUGAGUAAUUUUAAUUUCUGUAUUAUAAUGAUUUUAAAUAACAAAGAGCUUUGCUUUGCAAAUGGAAGCAGUAAUGGCAAAAAUGCAAUAAUUUUGCAAUCAACUUGAAAAGCAACUCCCAACAUUAAUAACAAAGUCGCUUUUAUGCAGAUGAUGAGAAGUAUAUUACUACAAAUUAGAUAUUCAUUCUUAUUUACAUUGAUCACAUUAUUUGAGUCUGUAAUUUAAAAGGGGCAUAUUAUGGUCCACUUAAUACAUGACUUUUAAUAACAGUAGAUCUAUGUUGCAGUAAACCUAACCUUAGAAAUAAGUAAUUUUGCAAACUCUUGCUUUAAGUUGUGGGAUGACAAUAUAUUGUAUUUUUAAUAUAAUAAGUAAUGCAUAGAAAAAAUAAGAGCUAAAUUAUGACAGCAAGAUAAGAUAUCCUUUAUCAGCAAAGCACAUGGUAAGGUCUGGUAUUUGCCACAAAAGGGAAAAAGUUUGGUGCUCUGUCAUUUUUCUUUUGUCAGAUAAAUAAAAUAAACCUUGUCUAUU